CUAAAGAAACUUAUUCUGAAGGAAAAUUACAGGAAGUGAAAUUUCGCCGCCCACCUUGGUUGCCUUGACGCCGUCGACAUUAAUAUACACGCCUAAAAUUGUGACAAUGGCCGAAGUAUAUCCAAUCCCCCUCGACAGAGCAUUGGCGAGAAUCGCAGUAGACUGUUUUAAAACAACCAUAGGAGAAAGUAGCUACCAGCACAGCAGAGUGAACCAGUGGACAACCAUAGUGAUUGAGCAGUGCCUCGGCCAACUCAGCAGUCUCAGACAACCUUUUAAAUACAUAGCUUCUUGUGUCAUCAUGGAGAAGACUGGGGCAGGACUGCAAGCAGCCAACUCGUGCUUCUGGGACAACUCCACUGAUGAAACCUGUACAGUACACUGGGAGAACAGCUCCAUGCACUGCAUCCUCACUGUUUGCUCUAUGGCCAUCUGAACCCGCAUCAUCCGGAGUUAGAAACAUACCGUAUGAAUAAAUAUAUACAUUUAUACUUAAUUAGAAUGUUUACAUUGUGAAGUGCCUUGACAAGACUGUUGUCAUGACUUGGCACUAUAUAAAUGAACCCGGUUGGUCUGUUAUCCUUUGGCACAUCUAGUCUACAGUUUGACAUGUUCUCUGUUAAGUGCGACUGAUUAAAAUACUUUGGUACUGUA